AUGACUCAGGAUGAAGAUGAUCCGUAUCGUAACGAUCCAAAGCGACAUCCAGCGCUUCUAGUAAAUUCUGAGAAGCCAUUCAAUGCUGAAACGCCGCCGGAAUUGAUCCUGGACGACUUUUUCACUCCUAAUGAGCUGUUUUUUGUCCGCAACCACAUGCCGGUUCCCGAUGUCAAGGUGAAGGCUCACCGACUGACCAUAGAUGGGCUUUCAAUUCGGCAUCCACUGGUUCUUUCCGUGGACGAUUUGAAACACAAAUUCAGUCACGCGUCUGUUAAUGCGACAUUGCAGUGCGCC